AUGGUUGACUUCAAACUCUCUCCCUCUCAACUCGAAGCCCGACGACAUGCUCAGGCCUUCGCAAACACUGUCCUCACCAAAGCCUCAGCAGAGUACAGCACCCAGAAAGACCAGCUCUCUCGCUUUCAAGCUACCAGACCCUUUUAUAGGGGGGCUGUUCGUCAGGGCUUGAUCAAAGCUCAAGUUCCCAUUCCUCUUGGUGGAACUAUGGAGAGUCUAGUUCACGAGAGCAUUAUCCUUGAGGAGCUCUUUGCAGUUGAACCAGCUACUUCAAUCACCAUUGUUGCUACUGCACUUGGUCUAAUGCCCGUGAUUCUUUGCGAUUCACCUUCCCUGCAGGAGAAGUUCUUGAAGCCUUUUAUUUCCGGCGAGGGUGAACCUCUGGCCAGUUUGAUGCACUCUGAGCCCAAUGGAACGGCGAAUUGGCUACAGAAGGGCGGACCAGGUCUGCAGACGACAGCUAGAAAGGUUGGAAAUGAGUGGGUCAUCAAUGGUGAAAAGCUCUGGCCCUCCAACAGUGGUGGCUGGGACUAUAAAGGGGCUGAUCUUGCAUGCGUUGUCUGUAGAGUCUCAGACGAUCCAUCCAAGCCCCAAGAUCCCAACGUCGAUCCAGCAACCCAGAUUGCUGUGCUAUUGGUAACUCGAGAGACCAUCGCCAAUAACAAGAAGGACGCCUAUCAGAUCCUGGGUGAACCUGAACUUGCAGGCCACAUCACCACCUCUGGUCCUCACACUCGCUUCACCGAGUUCCGUGUUCCUCAUGAGAACCUUCUUUGCACUCCUGGUCUCAAAGCUCAAGGUCUAGUCGAGACAGCCUUUGCCAUGUCAGCUGCUCUUGUUGGCGCCAUGGCGAUAGGAACUGCCCGCGCUGCAUUCGAAGAAGCUCUCGCCUUUGCCAAAUCCGAUACUCGCGGUGGCUCCAAGCAUAUUAUCGAGCAUCAGAGUGUAGCUGAUAAGCUCAUCGACUGCAAGAUUCGUCUUGAGACUAGUCGUCUUCUAGUGUGGAAGGCAGUGACCACCCUUGAGGAUGAGGCUCUUGAAUGGAAGGUCAAGCUUGAGAUGGCUAUGCAAACCAAGAUCUACACUACCGAUGUUGCUGUUGAGUGUGUCAUCGAUGCUAUGAAGGCUGUUGGCAUGAAGUCAUAUGCAAAGGACAUGUCUUUCCCUAGGUUGUUGAAUGAGGUUAUGUGCUAUCCGUUGUUUGAUGGAGGAAAUAUUGGUCUGAGACGACGACAGAUGCAGCGUGUUAUGGCUUUGGAGGACUAUGAACCCUGGGCAGCUACUUAUGGAUCUUCCAAGGUUGAUAAAUCUCGCCUGUGA